CACUUAUGUUCUCUUUAUCUCUGCACAGGGGUAGAUGCAUCACCAGGAGCGAGCGCAGUAUGAAGAAAGCAGGAAGGCCAGUGGGGAAUAAGGCAGCAAGUGGAGGAGGUAAAGGUGACGCAGUGAUAGCUGGAACCUCUGCUGGCAAAAGCGCUGUUAAGAGCCCUACCACAGCUCCGCUCUCCAAGGUCAAAAGCAGUGAUGAUCUUCUAGCUGCUAUGGCUGGGAGCAGUGCAGGGACAAACAGCAGUGUUGCCAAGGGCAAGAAAUCAACCUCUACUCACUCAACGUCCUGUGGAACAAACACUAAUAACCCUGACACAAAGAUCAAGACCACCUCAGGUCCAUCUGGCAAACGGACAUCAUCCAUGGCCUCCAAGGAGUCAAACUCCUCUCGUGAUCGUUUGCGAAACUCCAGCAGUAAGAAGCAGUCAUCCACUGGUGCGUCUGAUCGAGCCCAGCCCAGGCAUUCCCGUGGACUGGCCCAAACCUCAGACUCGGAGAGCCGCAUGAGCAAAUCAAAGUCUGACGGACAGCUAAGUGAUAAAGUGGCCCUGGAGGCCAAAGUAAAACAUCUGUUAGGUCUGGCCAAGAGCAAAGAUGUGGAAAUCCUGCAGCUACGGGGUGAGCUGAGGGACAUGAGGGUUCAGCUGGGACUGCCUGAGGAAGAUGAGGAGGACGAGAGGCCACCUGAAAGGGAGGCGGCUGCAGUGAUCACAGCUGCAGAUGUGGAGUCGACGUUGCUGCUCCUGCAAGAGCAGAACCAGGCCAUCCGUGGAGAGCUCAACCUGCUUAAGAAUGAAAACCGUAUGCUAAAGGACCGCCUCAAUGCUCUUGGCUUUUCCCUGGAGCAAAGACUGGAUGGGGCUGAGAAAACCUUUGGCUUUCCCUCCGCCAGUGCUGAACUUGCCUCCUCUGGAGGUGGUGGAGGUCAUGGAGACUGUGCUACUGCGGCCUCCUCUGUGGAGGGAUCUGCACCAGGCUCCAUGGAGGACCUCCUUACGGGAGGCCAGCGAAGUGGCUCAACGGACAACCUGGACAGCGAGUCCAGUGAGGUCUACCAAGCGGUGACCUCCAGUGACGACGCUUUGGAUGCUCCCUCAGGCUGUGGCUCCUCGUCAUCAUCUGAGUCAGAAGGUGGCGCUCCAGCAUGUCGCAAUUCCUCUCGUAAGGGGAGCAGCGGAAACACCAGUGAGGUGUCAGUGGCGUGCCUUACAGAGCGCAUUCACCAGAUGGAGGAAAACCAACACAGCACGGCUGAGGAGCUCCAAGCGACUCUACAGGAACUGGCUGACCUGCAACAGAUCACGCAGGAACUAAACGGCGAAAAUGAACGCCUGGGAGAGGAAAAGGUCCUGCUUAUGGACUCCCUCUGCCAACAGAGUGACAAACUGGAGCACUGUGGCCGUCAGAUCGAGUAUUUCCGCUCCCUUCUGGACGAGCACGGCGUGACCUACUCAGUAGACGAAGACAUCAAGAGUGGCCGAUACCUGGAGCUAGAGCAACGCUAUGUGGAGCUUGCAGAAAAUGCUCAUUUUGAGCGCGAGCAGCUCUUGGGUGUGCAGCAACAUCUGAGCAAUACUCUAAAGAUGGCUGAGCAGGAUAAUGCAGAGGCUCAGAGUGUGAUUGCAGCACUGAAGGAGCGCAACCAUCACAUGGAGCGACUUCUAGAGGUGGAAAGGCAGGAGCGGGCCGGCAUGGUGGCAGUUCUGGAGGAGUGUAAAGCUGCGGUCAGCAACGACCAGACUGAGCUGAGCCGCUGUCGGGCGUUACUUGAGCAGGAGAGGCAAAAGGUUGCAGAGCUUUACUCCAUCCACAAUGCCGGAGAUAAGAGCGACAUCCACCAGCUUCUGGAGGGGGUUAGACUGGACAAGGAAGAAGCUGAAGACAAAGCCGCCAAAUUACAGGACGAUUUGGGCCACGCUCGCAAUGAGGUGGCAUGUCUGCAGGACACCAUCAACAAGCUGGACGCCGAGUACAGGGACUUCCAAAGCGAGGUGCAGAAAGAGUUAACCGAGCAGAAGAGGGCUCUAGAGAAGCAGCGUAAGGACCUGCAGGAAAAGGAGACGGAGAUUGGAGACAUGAAGGAGACCAUUUUUGAGCUGGAAGAUGAAGUGGAGCAGCACCGAGCUGUCAAACUUCAUGACAACCUCAUCAUCAGCGACCUAGAGAAUUCAAUGAAAAAGCUUCAGGAUCAGAAGCAUGACAUGGAGAGAGAGAUAAAGAUACUGCACCGCAGACUCCGGGAAGAGUCGGCAGAGUGGCGUCAGUUCCAGGCAGAUCUGCAGACUGCUGUGGUCAUUGCUAAUGACAUCAAGUCAGAAGCUCAAGGGGAGAUUGGUGACCUGCGCCGCCGCCUGCAAGAAGCCCAAGAAAAGAACGAGAAGUUGAGCAAAGAACUAGAUGAAGUUAAAAACCACAAGCAAGACGAGGAGCGUGGACGUGUAUAUAACUACAUGAACGCUGUUGAGAGGGACCUGGCUGCACUCAGGCAGGGCAUGGGACUGAGUCGACGCCCCUCCACAUCCUCCGAGCCGUCACCCACCGUUAAAACCCUCAUCAAAAGCUUUGACAGUGCCUCACAGGGUCCUGGAGCUAAUGCUACUGCAGUCGCUGCUGCAGCCACCGCUGCUGCAGCCACCGCUGCUGCAAGCACAACCACGAGCGCCCCCUUACCUCGCACACCUCUCAGUCCCAGCCCUAUGAAGACCCCACCUGCUGCUGCUGUCUCACCCAUGCAGAGACACUCCAUCACUGGCUCUAUGGCUGCUGCAAAGCCCCUCUCCUCCCUUACAGACAAAAGACCCAGUUACACGGACAUCAGCAUGCCAGCUGAGCAUCUACUAAGAGCAGCCAACGGCAGCCGUCCUGCUUCAGCUCUUCAGAGAGUCUCAAACAUGGACACAUCAAAGACUAUCACAGUGUCUCGGAGAAGCAGUGAAGAGGCGAAGAGGGAUAUCAGUGCGCCUGAUGGAGGCCCAGCUUCCUCUCUGAUAGCCAUGGGCUCUGCUGCACCUCCUCUCUCCCUGUCCUCUUCCUCUUCCCCCACAGCCUCCGUUAACCCCACAGCACGCAGCCGCCUUCGAGAGGAGCGAAAAGACCCUCUGUCAGCUUUGGCUCGUGAAUAUGGUGGUUCUAAAAGAAAUGCACUGCUGAGGUGGUGUCAGAAGAAAACCGAGGGUUAUCAGAACAUCGACAUUACCAACUUUAGCAGCAGCUGGAAUGAUGGAUUGGCUUUCUGCGCUGUCCUUCACACGUACCUGCCUGCUCAUAUACCUUAUCAAGAGCUCAAUAGUCAGGACAAGAGACGAAAUUUCAGCCUGGCCUUCCAAGCAGCAGAAAGUGUGGGAAUCAAGUCCACUCUGGACAUCAAUGACAUGGUCCAUACAGAAAGACCAGACUGGCAGAGUGUUAUGACUUACGUCACCGCUAUCUACAAGUAUUUUGAGACCUGAGCACAUGUACUUUUAUAAAUUGUCAAACCAAUGCAACAGAUUAUCACCAACUAACCUGAGUGCAACAUCCCACCAUAUCAUCUAAGCCUAAUCCUAGCACAAAGUCAUAUUAAACUGAUCACAGUUCAGUUAGCAUAUGCUGAUAUGGCAUCGAUAUGUCAAAGAAAAUCCUCUACAGUGGAGCCACUAAUGCAGAAUCCGUUUGCCUUGAUAAUGCUUCAACUCACUGUCGAGUGACUAACACUACAGACUACAGCUAGUUACUAAUUCUUAGUGUGGAUGAUCGGAGACUGAGUCUUAAGGAACAGCGUGGACCCGCUUGCAACCCCGUGCCUUUCACCACCCUGAGUUCUUGCUUCCAGACGGGCGUUUGGAGCAAGUUCUUCACCUUAAUUCACAGCCGUGCAACAAUGGAGCUCGAGGCGUGCGGAUUGCUCAAAGCAGUGCCUAAUUGAAACACUUAAUUGGAGAAGCACUUCAGAGAAUUGUACACUAAUAGGAGUUAUUCACUAUAGCACACAGUCAGUGGUUAAACUUUUUUUUUUUUUUUACAGGACUGUUUUAAAAGCUCAUCGAUGGCACAUUAUGUUACGAGUGUGAUGGAUCUUGGCUUGAAAUACUACAUAUUAAAUAGGGAGAUCAGCAAUAAGCUUAUGUAACCCGUUGAGCCAUUUCAUAUGACAUUAGUGCUGCUUACCAACAGUAUGAUACUGUAGUAAACACUACAUUCAGAUUAGCAGCACUUGUGCAUGUACUGUCCAGU